CACACAGUCACAUCAGCUGUACAGGAGAGGAGAGGAACACUGACCUAAUUAAGUGUACAGGAGGGGGGACAACAACAGCGACGACACAACACAUCACAAGGACCGACCGAAGUGAGAGCCUGCGCCGUUUCCUGUGCCUGACUCUGCCUGGGAGGAAAAUGAAAACAACUUAACUUCCCUUCCAUGUAGCAGGCAGAAGAACCUGUGCGUGGGAUUUGGUGUCAUUACUGAGAAAGCUCCACCAACCUGUCUGCCUAGUAGUCAAUGCUGAACACUGACAAUUGUGCUAUUGACUGCUGAGAGAGGAAGCGGAGGAAGAAACAGCUGAGAGCAGAGAGAGAGAAGACUUGGCCUUUCCGGAUAUAAGAGGGGUUUUGGUCACAGAGAUCAUUGUUUUGCAGGAGCUUCUCAAGGGACGGGUGGCUAUUCAAACAUCUAUAAAGGCCGAGCUGUCAUCAGUCCAGGUGACCGGGUGCACCUGAGCGUAACUACUUCUGCAAGCACUCAGUCACCACCAGCCUGUGGGCAUUUACUGCACAGUGAAAAAACAAAUCUGCUGCACUGUGACUUGAGCGAGGAGGAAUAAACGUGACUGAAUCCCUCAGACCUUUUUUUGCUGGAUUAUUUUUACCUGGAGCUUUUUUUUUCUUUCUUUUUUUUUUGUUGUGGCUUACCUGGGAGAGACAAACAGGUGCAGGAGGACAAAUGACUGUUUUUGGAUUUGGGACUUACUGAGUCGUUGAUAACGGCACUGAAGGAGGCUGCUGUGGCUUGAGCGUCUGUGUGCAGGAAUGCUUAUUUCCAUAUGGAGGCAGACCAUACAGCGUUGUGUUUGAGGAGCUGAGCCUGUGCAGGCCCCAGAGGCGGCCAUGUUGGAUCUCUUCCUCAGAGUGCUGGUGUUGACCCGUCUUCACCCGUCACCUCUUGGCAGCACCCUGCUGCCAACCUAACUCCUCGCUCCCUCUCUCUUCCCUGCAUCUCUUUCUUCCGCUUCCUGGCCAGGAGAAAGGUCCUUGGUCCUUGUGGAAAAUGUCCUAUGCACACCACAAGCUGUUUAGCUGGAGCUUACCUCAACUCCUUCUCCUGCCGCUGACCUACCUCUGGCUCUUUGCUCCUCCCACAGGUGUGUCAGCCACUCUCUGCCGGGUGACCGGUGGGGUUCUGGGGAUCCACUGGAGCAGCACCAUCUCUCUCGGUUGGCACCCUCUGGCAGACGGGAGAGGCGGGGCGACGUGUUGGGAGGCCUGCUGCUUGAAUCCGAACUGCAACGCAGUUUGGAGCCUCGGCGGGCGAUGUGUGCUUCUCAGCUGCACACGAGAGAGGGGUUGCCUCAUCAGCUCCCUGCCCGUGCCCCACCAGGAGUCCCUUGGCCUCCUUCAGCUGCUCUCAAAGGGUCCCGUCUUAACAAGACGUAGAAGAGCUCGUCCAGCACAGAAUGUAGGGAGCCGCGCAACGCACUCAAGAAAACCUACCAGCACGGAAAGUCCCAAACCGGAAACUGCUCACCUAACCCCAACAUUUCCCAGCACCAUCACACUUCUUCACACGGCCCAGAGGAACCUGAGCCAGUCAGCCAAUGGGAGCGCAGACACCGCUCAAACUCCAUCACAGCAGAACUCCACGGAGGACACCGUCGACACUGCUGCGUCUUCCAAUAGCAGCGAUGUCAGCACACCCACAGCGCCUGCUCUCAUCACAGCUCCAACUCAGGCUGUGAGGGAGCUCGUGGUGUCAGCAGGAGAGAGUGUGGAAGUCACGCUGCCCCGCAACGAGGUCGAACUCAACGCCUUCGUGGUCCCGACAUCAGCAGGGACGAACUAUGCAUUUGACUGGCGUCUGAUAACUCAUCCCAAAGAUUACAGCGGAGAGAUGGAGGGGAAGCACAGCACGACGCUUAAACUUAGCAAGCUGACUGUGGGCCUGUAUGAGUUUGAGGUGACGGUGGACGGGGACGGGGCUCAUGGAGAGGGUUACGUCAAUGUCACAGUCAAACCAGAGCCACGGGUAAACAAGCCCCCUGUUGCCGUAGUUUCUCCGAAGUUCCAGGAGAUCUCCUUGCCAACCAGCUCUACGGUCAUAGACGGCAGCCAGAGCACUGACGAUGACAAGGUGGUGGCGUGGCACUGGGAGGAGGUUAAAGGUCCCCUGAGGGAGGAGAAGGUCUCUGCUGACACACCUGUCCUCACCCUCACCAGCCUGGUGCCUGGGAACUACACAUUCAGUUUGACUGUGACGGACUCAGACGGAGCCACAAACUCGACACAGGCCACCCUCUCUGUUAACAAAGCCAAGGACUACCGGCCUGUGGCCAACGCUGGCCCAAACCAGGUCAUCCAGUUGCCACGUAACUCCAUGUCCCUGUACGGCAACCAAAGCACCGACGACCAUGACAACCUGUCCUACGAGUGGUCCCUCAGCCCCGAGAGCAAAGACAAGGUGGUGGAGAUGCAGGGUGUUCGGACACCGAUCUUGCAGCUGUCUGCCAUGCAGGAGGGAGACUACACCUUCCAGCUGACUGUGACGGACUCAUCCGGUCAGCAGGACACCGCCCAGGUCACAGUCAUCGUGCAGCCAGAAAACAAUAAGCCGCCAGUAGCAGAUGCAGGACCGGAGAAAGAGCUGACGCUGCCGGUUGAUCGGACCACGCUGGACGGCAGCAAGAGCAGCGAUGACCAGAAGAUAGCCACCUACAGCUGGAAACAACUCAAGGGUCCCGACGGUGUGAAGAUCGAGAAUGCAGACAGCGCUGUUGCCACGGUUACAGGUCUUGAGGUCGGCGUGUACGAGUUCACCCUGACGGUAACGGAUGAAAGGAAGCUGCAGAGUAGCGACACAGUCACGGUCAUCGUCAGAGAAGAGCUGGACCAGCCGCCAGUGGCUCACGUCGUGUCGAGUCCGUCCAUCGCUCUGCCCGUCAGGACCGCGACUCUGGAUGGAUCUCACUCCACCGAUGACAAAGGUGGAGUCAGCUACCUGUGGACCAGAGAUGAUAGCAGCCCUGCCGCUGGGGAUGUCCUGAACAACUCUGACCACCAGGCAGUGCUGUUUCUGGGAAACCUGGUGGAGGGGAAGUACAGCUUCACCCUGACUGUGACUGACAGUAAGGGACAGACCAGCAGUAACAGGGGCUCAGUGGAGGUCAAACCAGACAUGUGGGCACGUGACCUGGUGGAGCUGGUGCUGGAGGUUUCUGUAUCACAGGUCUCUCACCGCCAGCGUGACAUGCUGCUGCGUCAGGUCGGGGUUUUACUGGGCGUGCUCGACAGCGACAUUAUUGUACGAGAGAUCAGUGCAUUUAAUGAGCACAGUACUCGGUUGGUCUUCCUGGUGUCAGGCGGUCCAGGGCGCCCUCCUCUGUCUGGCCGCAGCGUUGCACUUGGUCUGCGCAACAAGCUGCACAAACAGAAGAAUGACUUUUUAAUCUACAAGGCUCGACGGGUGGAUACAGUCAUCUGCCAGCUCAACUGCUCGGGUCACGGCGAGUGUGACUCGUUCACACGACGCUGCGUCUGCCACCCUUUCUGGAUGGAGAACUUUAUCAGAGCUCAGCUCGGUGAUGCAGAGAGCAACUGUGAGUGGAGCGUACUCUACGUGACCAUAGCAUCCUUCAUGAUAGUGGUUGCAAUAGCAACAUUUGUCUGGGGGAUAGUGUGUUGCUGCAACAGACGUAAGAGCAAAGUGCGCAGAAGCAAAAGCAGGUAUAAAAUGCUAGAAGCUGAUGAGCAAGACAGUCUGGAGCUACAGCCACCCAGAGUGGCCCGGCUGAAGCCCGUCACCGCUCCCACCUCCUCCGCCCUCAUGCACUCGGACUCUGACCUGGACAGUGACGACGGGCAGGGCGGAGUGCCGUGGAUGGAGCAGGAGCGCGGGCAUCUCCUGCGGCCACAGAACGGCUCCCUGAGGAACGGCCAGGGCCCGGUGAGGGGCAAAAAGCAAAGAGACGAGCUGCUCCUCACUCUUCCUUUUUCUCUUUUGUUGGUCUUUCAACACAAAAACCUCACACCUCUCAUCCAUGAGGACAGACUGUGUGAUAGCUGGAUUUAUGAGGAGGAAAAAGAGGAAAACCAUGCUGGAAACAUGCUGUCCCACUGUCAUGGAAAAAAAACACCACUGUACUGAAGUUCCCCUGCUCCGACUGAGCCAAUCCUGAGGGGGAAAAAAAACUACAGUUUCGCUGAGAACUAGGGGUGAGCACUGUCCUAUUUGAAUGGAUAUAACGUUAGACCCCUAUUAUUUAACACAGAGACAUAAAGAAUGUACUGUUACCCCUCUUACUGACGGUUAGAGACUGGGAGAGGAAGUAGCGGAGUGACUUUCUCAGCUUCAACGACACGAAAACCAGCCACUUUGACACGCUGCUCACACCUUGCCUCUCGUAGACACGCAUGUGCACACUCAAAGAAGUCCUAUUCACACUGUUCCAGGUCAAACUGAUGCUACCAAACACUGCCAUGUUAAAAAAAACAAUGGUUAACUCUGGCAAAACACAACCAAAACAGAGCUACAAAAAAAAAAAACACAACAACAAAAAAACAAGAAAAGAAGUGCAUGAAGAGCGACAGAUUGUCACUCUGCUCUGAUUUGAUACUGGAAUGAUCGCCUGCAUGUUUGUAUGUUGGGUGUAUGUGUGAAUUUUUUUUCCCGGCUGCUGAGCCAAAAAGAUGCUUCUCCAGAGCAGUUUGUAUGUUUUUACGUCUACGUAACAGCACUCAGAGGCAGAAGAUCCUUUAGAAGAAGGAAAGAAAAAAAACAAGAAAACGCCAUGCUUUUAUUCUGAAGGCUUCUCUGUGGAUUAAAUUCGCUGGAACACACACUGGAAUAAACAAUGUUGAUGAGUUCUGUCCCAACGGACACAACAAAUGGGAUGGACGUGAACCUGCUUCCUCACUCACCUCAAUGUUCAUUAAUGCUUGAACCAUGAAGACCACUUAUGUUUUGUUUUUGUGUUGUUUGUUUUCUUUUUUUGCAAACAACUUUCAGGCUGUGAUUAGACGUCGAUGCACUUUGAUUCCAUGUCAGUCAGCUUCAGUCACAUGUUGUCUCUUGUUGGUUGAAAAGAGGAGAUCUGUGAUGGUGAAUGUUGGAAGGUUCAGCCAUAAACAACACAGGACUUUACUGCGUUCAAAAUGAAUAAAAUACUUGAUUUCCUUGACUGUAAAAGAGGAAUUUUGUAAGACAUGGCCAGAAUUUUAGUUUGAAGUAUACAACGUUAUCAACAGAGCUUGAAGAAAUGUCAGUUUUGACGUCAUGUCAACAAGUUCAAUGUAAUGUUGCAGAGAUGUCUACGUAAGUUAGCACCACAUUCAGCUGGGACAUGCAGUAUGUCUGUGGCAGUCGUUACGUUUCACAUGCUCCUCAGCUGCUCCAUAGCUAACUGAGCUGUGAGCUAAUUAGCCAGUGGCAGCGAGUUACAGACGAGGAUUGAUUGCAAAGAGCAGCACUUGUCGGUUACAUGUUGCCUACUGUGUUUUGUUUUGUAUGUUUUUUUUUUAAGCUACCUAUAAAAAUUCUGGCCAUAUUCUACAAAUUCCGCCUUUUUUUAAAGAUCAGAUGAAUGAAUAUAUUUUAGGAAAUGUGAAUUCAGCUCAAGUCCAGAAGCACCUCAGUAAACGUUACAUAGCUGUAGGCUUGAAUGGAAGUAUGACUGGGUAAUUAAACAGCUUCUGUGCAAUAUCAGCUUCAACCAGUUACAGUUUGUUUGAUUAAAAACAGGAUACGUGCUUCCCUUUUGGCAAAAAUUACACAAAAAAACAAAACAGAAAAACAGAUAUUAAAAUUGCCAUCAUUAAACUUCCAGAGUUGUGUGUCUGGAGUGACCUGAAACGGUGUCGAGUCCUGAAAACAAAAUGAUUUCUUUAAUCUGAGGGAUGUUUGCCAUGAGUGCAACCCGAUGCAGAGGGAAGCUGUCAGAACAUGGACAAGAAAAAGAAAAGACAGCAGUUUCUCCUGCGUGUCAGUCGUAGCGACGGGCGUUUCUGUGCCUCUUCCCUGCAGCGUCUCAGUGUGUGAUUGCUUUGCAUGUGAAACCGGCCUGUAAGUCACUUUUUCUUUGGUUGUCGAAUGUUUAAAUGGUACGCCAUGGAGACAGCACAGCUGGUGUGAAAUAAGAAAUAAUCUUAAAACAUUUUAAGGGAGGAAAAAAGAAGUCUGUUUCUCACAGUUGCAUAAUCUCAUGCUGAUUUCAGUUCUGCUGCAGUAGUGUGGCCGGUAUGGAGAUGCUUUUUGAAAUAUCUCUUCCAGACUUGUUGAAUUUAUCUGGUCAUCUUUUGCUAGUGUGAAGCAAAUUUAAAAUCAAGUGCACCCAAGUGCCAGCUCUAAAAAAAACAAAUGCCAUCUCUUAAACUCUUUGAGAUAAUGUCAUAUUGUUUCUGUGUUUUGCACAUCGUAGAAAAUUGACUUUUGGAGUCAUCGCCAAGUUUAUCUGUGAACAUUUUCCCCACAAAACACAGUUGAUUAAGCCCUUUCAAGGAUUAUUUUUAUUUUAUUUUUGAUUUUUAUUAACUAUACAAAACUUCUGUUACAUGCACCCUCUACCAGUCACUUUGGGAUUUAUAGAAGUAAGUGAUGACCUUGACUCUGAUGGAGUCCACUGUGAAGGCAGACAGAGAAAAUGGAGAGCAAUUUCAAAUGAAGGGACUUUAAUUUAAGUUGUUUUAGAUGUUUUGAUGAAAGACGACCCUCCCCCCUUAUUUCCUUAUGUGUGACCAGACCUGAUGCAACUGGAUAAUCUGUAAAUUAAAUAAAAUGUUUCAGUUUGUUCUUGAGUUUUCUGAGAGAGGUGUGCUCGUUUCUCGCUAUGUUUCGCUGAGUAAAAGCUUCGACUCUGAUGAAAGAUUGUGGCAAAA